AUGCAGUCCCUCGUCAGCGACUCAUACAUACGCCCCACAGCGCGCUUCCGCCGCAGCGCCUCCUCCGCCGACCUGUCGGGGGAGGCCCAUGAUGGGGCGCCGGGAGCUUCGUCGAAGAAGCACAAGAAGCGGUCCCGCAGCAGUUCGCCGCCGCCGCGCCAGCGCUCCUCGACCUCGCUCGCCACACCGCUCCCCGAGUACCACCCAGCCCCCACCUUGCUGCCCGCCCUGCCUCCCGGCCUCACCCGCUAUGUGAUGUUGGAGCGAGAGACGGAGACGGAGAUGGAGGCGGCGUCGCACGUCGUCCAUCGGGAGUGCCGGGCGGCGCCCCUCUCCCCCGAGCUCUCCGAGCAGCAGAACUUCCGGGGCCUGCUCAACCUGGGCGGGCUCAUCAUCUUCGUGACCAACUUCCGGUUGAUCGUGGAGAACCUGCUCAAGUACGGGCUGCUCCUCAAGUUCGACGGCGCCCUCUGGACCUCGUGGCGUGCGUGGCCCUGCUGCUCCACUCUCCUGGCAAUGAAUGCGUUCAUUGUGAUCAGCUACUGCCUGGAGCGGUACAUGGCCGCCGAGGCGAAGAAGCCCGCCCUCAAGGGCCAUCAUGCCUGGCUGGCGCGGCUGGAGAAGAGGGUGGGCUGGCUGCACGCGUUCAACAUCACCGCCAUGUGCCUCGUCGUGCUCUUCGUCAUCCAAUACAACAACGUCGACCCCAUGUCGGCGUUUGGGCUGCUGGUGGCCGCCAUCGUGCUGGUCAUGAAGCUCAUCUCCUUCGCCACCACCAACAAGGACCUGCGUAACCGGUUCUUGCGACCGCACCUCAAGCAGACCCGGGUGAAGGUCCCGGGCGGGGAGGGCCUCCGCUACCCGCAGAACAUCAACCCCGGCAACCUGUACUACUUCCUGGCGGCGCCCACCCUGUGCUACCAGAUGGAGUACCCGCGCACCCCGCACAUCCGCUGGUCCUACCUGGCCUCCCUCACCCUCCGAUGGGUGUUCUUGAACCUGCUGAUCUUGUUCAUGGUGGAGCAAUACCUGGUGCCGGCCAUCAAGAACUCCAUCGAGCCCCUCACCCAAAUGCAGUUCGGGCACGUCCUCGAGCGCCUCCUCAAGCUCUCCAUCCCGAACCUGUACAUCUGGCUGCUGUUCUUCUACAGUUUCUUCCACUGCUGGCUCAACAUGCUCGCCGAAGUGCUCCGCUUCGGCGAUCGCGAAUUCUACCAAGAUUGGUGGAACAGCACGACGCUGAGCGAGUACUGGCGGACGUGGAACAGGCCGGUGCACCAGUGGCUGCUGCGCCAUGUGUACUACCCCAUGACCCGCGCCGGCUGCUCCAAGCUCCAGUCGGCCUUCUUCAUUUUCUUCCUCUCGGGCGUGGGCCAUGAGGUGCUCGUCAGCAUCCCCUGCAACACCUUCCAGCUCUGGGUGCUCGGCUCCUUCAUGGCCCAGUUGCCCCUCAUCUACGUCACGAGGUCGUUCAUGAAGGGGACGAAGCUGGGAAACCUCUUGUUUUGGUUCAGCUUCUGCAUCCUCGGGCAGCCCCUGUGCAUCCUCCUGUACAGCCAUCUGGUCUACCACCGCUACCAGUUCUUCUACUGGAAGGACCUUUCCUUCUAG